UGCCUCUAUCCUGUGGCCUCGUUACACGAAGAAGAUUCUUAUGAUGACAUGUUAUCAAAUGCAGUACAACAAAUGUGGAAAAAUGGACUUCGAAAUUUGAAAAAAAAGUUAGCAUUCAAUACAGCACGAGGUAAUCAAAAUUAUGUGCAGUUUUCUAUAUCAACAUAUUGUUACUCUAAUGGUACAUGUACUAUACGUCAGGCUCCAUGCUCUUGUGAAAUUAACGAUAAUGAUGAAACAUUACGAAACGUUAAACCUAAUAAAAAUAUAAUUAAUCAAGGAAAAUCUCAAAAAACAACUACAAAAAUUCCACUAACUACUCUAAUUUCAAAGAAGCAGAAGGUGCAAAAUAACAAAACUACAAAUAUACCACCGAUUACUCCAAGUUCAAAAAAAAAAAAGGUGCAAAAUAAUGAAAUUACUAAAAGACCACUUAUCACCCAAAGUACAACGCAGCAUAAGGUGCAAAAUAAAAAAACUACUACUAAACCACCAGUUAAGAGCACUCAGUCAAACAAGCUGAUUGAAGGACUUACCAAUUUCGAAAUUAAUAAUAUCAGAAAACAACAUUUAGAACAAACUAAUAAGCUUAGAGCCAAACAUGGAGCCAAAAAGUUAUCUAUUAAUGAAAAAGUAAGGAAUAAAAUACAUAUGUAUCACGUAAUGAAAAUGUUAUAAUAAAAUAUUGUACUAAAAUCUAUUAUUAUUGAAUUACUAAUUACGAACAUAAUUUGAUUGUCUGGCAUUUAUUACAAUGACUAUACAAUUUAAUUUAUUAUCAAUAAAUUCAUAAGUUUGUUCAGUGUAA